CGCCACCUCACCACCAAACCAACCCCAUCACCAACUUUCCACCUUCGCAAACCCUCCACCAGACCAACACUCCAGAACCACACAACAACAACAACAACAACCACCCUCCUCCGCCCCCUCACCCAAACGCAAACCCGCCCCUUCCUCUCCUCCCUCCUCCCCGGCUCCUCCUCCUCCUCCUCCAACAACACCAACAAACGCCACGUCUCCGCAACCCGCACCCUCCCCUACCCCCCAGGCCCAUUAUUCCAAAUCAUCUCCUCCGUGGAAUCCUACUCAUCCUUCCUCCCCUUCCUAACCGCCUCGACCGUGACGCACCGCGACCCGGCCACAAACUACCCCACCCGCGCCUUCCUCACCGUCGGCUACGGCCCGCUCAGCGAAACCUUCACUUCAAAGGUCAUCUGCGACGAGGAGAAUCAUAUUGUGGAAGCGAAGAGUGGGAAUGUCUUUGGGGUGGGGAAGAAGGAUGGCCAGGGGGAGGCCGGGUUUCCCGGUGCGGAUGAGGGGAUCUUUGAGUAUUUGAGUACGAGGUGGGAGUUGAAGCAGCUGGGGAAGGAGGGGGAGGGGACGGAGGUCAAGUUGGAUAUUCGGUUUGAGUUUAAGAGUCAGUUGCAUGCGAUGUUGAUGGGGAAGGUGGAGGGGGAGAUGGCGGGGGUGAUGAUUCAGGCUUUUGAGAGGAGGAUUAGGGCGGUUUUGGGGGAUAGA